AUGGAGAAGCAUAACAACAGAGUAAUCCCCCUUUUGGAAAAGCCAAAUGUAGACCAAAUUGACAAAGACAUCGAAGCCAGCGGAUUCGUAUUAUGUCUCAUCCUUAGUGAAAAAGAUUCCCCAUCACUUGUCUCUCGAGCGAAUUACCUUCUGCAUGUCCAUAGGUAUAUGUACCUAUCCAACAUAGUUCCGAAAUGUAUGGAUUAUUUUGGAUCGUUCGUUUUUCCCUUUUAUGGGAACAAAUUUGGGGUGUACUUUGAAUGCAUCCAGGGGGGGAGAAAAAGAAGUGGAAGAAGUGGAAGAGGAGGAAGAAGAAGGACCCCUUUGCCUGUUCACCCAAAUGGGAAAGAACACCAGGAAGGAAGUUCCCCCGUAACAUGUCCUAGUAUUAAUAGCAGUAUAUCCGAAAUGCCUCCCCCAUCCGGUGGAGAAAAUCCCAAUUGGACAACCUUCACAGAGAGAACCCAGAUUGACGAACCACUCCAGGAGAGGAUUAUACUCGAUUGGAGACUCCCCAUAGGGGUACUAUUCGAUAUAUACUGCGAUGUCGAAGGGGAGGAUUGCAGUUUUCCAAUCUUAGAAGAGCAGCAAACAAGCUGGAAGAGAUGCUCCAGUGGGAAAUUAUUUCCUGACCAUAUUAGUGUCUUAGAGAUCACUCCCGACCCGGUAAGUGAUUUACUUGGUGAAGCUGAGAGGGAGCAGCUAGAGGGGGGAAAAGACUCAAGCAAAGCUCCGUUGAAUGAUGCCACAAAGGGUUCCCUCACUGGGGAGAAGCCAUGUGGACGGGAUGAAGACAAGACGGAUGGGAAAAACAACGAAACACACGCGAAGAACCCCCCCGUUAAGUACUACCACAUGCGAAUGAACAAACAGAUAAAUAAUGACUGGUAUGAUCAGCAAUUUUUAAACAUAGCGGAUAGGAACAUCCCAUGGAGACUGGUAGUCCACUUCAAAGAUGAAGAAAACUACAAUGCACAUUUUGAAAGAGGGGGAGGAACCAAAAUGAGUUACGAUGCGAAUGUCAACCUUUUGUCCUACAACAGCUGCAUACCUCUGUACAGAGGAUUUCACGACUUUGAGGAAUACCUCAUCAAUCAGCUUAAGAAGGCGAACUACGUCUUUAACAAAAAUAACAGGGUGCUUCAGAUGCUGCCGCAGCAGGUGGAAAACGAGUUACUGCAGAAUUUGAAACGGUUUGACGUCGAAAGUGUUUGCGCCCUCUAUAGGGAGCACAUCGAUUAUAAUAUGGUCCGUUUCGUCGAUUACUUUAACGCCAAGUGUUCGCAGGUGCAACAAAACGGGCAAAACGGCGUCACCAGCGGGGAGCACAAUUCCGUGUGUGCCCUUAUGAAGGACGAAAACGUCGUUAAAGACGUUCCCAUAAUUAUACACAUUUAUGGACCCCCAUACAAUCAAGUGUUGACGAAGUGCCCUCUGUUCAAAAUUGCCCCCGAAGAAGGGACCGAAAAUAUAGACAAUACAGUAAAUACGGUUUGCGGUUUUUCUGCCUACACGUUGGGGGACUUUCUCCACAAGGAGUUCCCUUCCUUUUUUAGGAAAAUAAAAAAACGCGCAACAGGGGGGAGGGUCGCCGUGGUGCCGGAUAACUUGCACGGUCACAGGACAAACGGUGAGGUUGGCGCACAAGGCCACCUUCCCCCAGAAAGUGCAGCGGCGGAGGCGGUAUCAGAAAAUGCCGCGGCAGUGCCAAGUGCGCCUGCGCCCCCCGACGGGGAAAGCAUUUUUUACUUUGUCGAAGACGAUUACUUAAUAUUCAGCCCCUACAUGUUCAUAAUAAUCAACGGGAUUCAAAUUCCGCUGAAAACGCCACUCUACUGGCUCGCCGCCAACUUUUCCCAAUUUGAUAAUUUCCUGCACGUUAUUCUCCGUGUACCCCCCUACUGA